AUGACGUCCGAAUCCGCGGAGAGGUUCUACCACCUCUACCAUCAGUGGCCACGUGCGAUACUGGCACGCAUGGUCACGCCAUAUUUCGAUUUGGAUCAACACAUAGCUAUACUCACCGGCCCAGAGAGUAUCCCGGACGUAACCAUCUCGAUGGAGGAAAGGAAAUGGGCCGUCCAUAGCAGCGUAAUUGCAAGCGAGAGCAAUUUCUUUCGAGCGGCAUUAAGAUAUCCAUUUGUGGAGAGCCAAACUGGAGUCAUCUGGCUCUACGAACUCGACCCCGAGCUAGUUGACUUCGCCAUUCACUAUAUGUACAACACGGAUUUUGACAACGCAGCGAGACGCGUCUGGAACCACCCGGGCUCGGCCGUGCCGCCGCAGACGACGGCGGACAUCCUGGUCGUCGCGGACUACCUGGACAUGCCGGGGCUGAUGUACCGCGCGUACCACACGCUGGUGACGGGGAUGGCGCGGCUGGCGGCGCGAAAGUCGCAGGUGGGGCCGGCGUACGCGGGCGAGUCGUGCCCCAUCGACUACCUCGGCGCCGCGGGAAUCCUCGAGGACAGCGCCACCAUGGUCGGGCUCGACCUCGGCGAGCAUAUCAGGACCCUGGCGGCCAAGCUGAGCAAGGCGAGGAGCUUUGCCAAGGCCAGGGACGCGUUUAAGGAGGUCUUCCCUGACGAGAAAGCUAUUUUCGACGCGGAGCUUGCGCGUUAG